GUGAUAUUGAUCCUGUCCACCAUCCUGUGCGUGCUUCUGAAGAAUGCUGUGGCCUUCAUGGGAGACUUGGUGGGCAUUCUGCCAGCCAAUUGUGUUUGUGUGGUCUUCCCCUGCUUGGCCUUCCUCAAGUUGAACGGUGGCAACAUGGGCCGGUGGCCAAAGCUGGGCGUUUUGAGCCUCGCAGUUCUCUUUGGGCUCUACAGCUCCUUGCAGAGUCGAGUCCGAAGGAGUCGAACACCUUCACCGACAGCUGCGGGGGGAUCGCCCCUGCCAAUUGGUACGUGGAAAUCGAGACCGGUGGGAUACCAUUCAUCAGUGCAAGGCAGUGUGUAUGUGGGUGUUUUCCGUGCCAGAUGGUCUUUGGGAAUUUCCUUCCCCAAGGCCUUUUUGUGGAGUCUAAACGGCUAA